CAACAGUGACCCCACUGUCAUGUCAGUGGCUGCCAUGGAGACAUCAGUGAACAUCUUUACUCUGUUUUGUUUUCUCCAGUUGUGGUUUGUGAGUUUAGCUUCAGAAAAUCCAGAAGUAACAUUAAGCACAGGGAGAGUGCAAGGACAAAAGCUGGUUUCUGCUGCCAACAGGACAUACUACAGCUUCCUGGGUAUUCCAUAUGCUCAACCUCCCAUUGGAUAUCUUAGGUUUAAGGCCCCGCGGCCCCCCAAAAGCUGGAAUGGAACCCUGGAGGCCUUCCAUAUCCCUCCAGCCUGUUCCCAACCCUGGAGAGUUGUGGAGUUUCCGGAGAGGUACAGCGAAGACUGUCUUUACGUAAAUGUGUUCACUCCAUAUUUGAAGCCACCACAAGAUAAACCAAUGCCUGUUAUGGUGUGGAUUCAUGGAGGAAAAGAUUACCAGGGUUCAGGAACACCCUAUAAAUAUGGACCGGACUUCCUGGUUACUGCAGAUGUGAUAGUUGUUACCUUCAACUAUAGACUGGGAAUUUUUGGUUAUCUCAACACCAACUCCAAGAGCGCUCAGGGGAAUGCUGCAGCCAAGGACAAGGUAGCGCUGCUGAGGUGGGUGCAGAAGGAAAUCAGCCACUUUGGGGGUGAUCCCAAGUCUGUCACCAUCUUCGGAGGAAGUUCUGGCGGUCAAGACGUUAACUGUUUGUACAUUUCACCCAUGGCUAAAGGACUAUUCCACCGAGCCAUAUCUCAAAGUUCAGCCUACUGCGGAAUGACAUACCACAUAACAGCCGAGGGCUCUUACCUAGAAAAUGUCAAUCCAGGUUUGAGGUUGGCUGAAAGACUUGGCUGUUCUUCCUCUGACCCAGAGGAAGCAGUGGCUUUUCUUAGGAACAUCACUGCCCAAGUGUUGGCUGAAAGGCAGCAGGAUGUCUUCAUUCAAGGGCUUAGAGAUAGUACCAACCCUUUCCUGGUGAGCGUCGAGGAGGACCACGGUGAAGAAAUAUUCAUGUCCAAGCCACCAGAAGAGGCCCUGAAGACAAGUCAGAGUACAGUACCUUACAUCUUGGGCUUCAACAACGCUGAGGGGAAAAUGGAUGUGGUACAGCCAGAAGUGAAUCCAACGCAAUUUAGUGAGUUUGAAAAACAUAUAGCAUCCUAUCUCCCCAAGAAUAUACUUGAGAACUUCAGUAAAACAGAAAUAGAUGAAAUAGCUUCAAAAGUUAAAAAGUUUUAUUUUGAUGACAACCCUGUGUCAUUAGAGAAUGUCGAAGAAUAUGUAAACUUCAUGACAGAUAGAAAGUUCGGCUACUUUACUGUGAAGACUGCCAAGCUGCUCAGUGGUAACGCUCCUGUGUACUUGUACUACUUCGUCUUUGAAGGGAAGUUCAAAACUCCGCACAAUGGCAGUGUAGACUCUUUUGUACCAGGGGCGUCCCAUGCGGAUGAGCUUGGAUAUUUGUUCUACCGUAAUCUUAUUAUUCAUGAGCAAAACGAUAUGAUCCGCUACCCAAGAGAAUGUACAACUCUCUCUCGGAUGGUUCGGUUGUGGACAAACUUCGCCAAAUACGGAAACCCGACCCCGAACGAGAAUGACGGUGUGUUGGCUGCUACUUGGCUUCCAGUGAACGGCUCAUUCACGCAACACUUGGUAAUCAAUGACUCACUGGAGAUGAUCAAUGACUAUCUGCUCCAUGAAAGGAUGAAUCUCUGGGAGACACUAUUCAACCUGCAAGGAAGCUCACAGGAUGACACAUCUAUUGGGUUGAAGAUCAUGGAAGUGAUGCUUGCACUAGCCUUCCUUUGUCUGUUGUACCUCCUCUACGACAGUUCUUGUACCCGAGGACUGCGGGGGAAACGAUACGAGUCACUUUAGACUGUUCUUUUUUUAUUUACCCACAGUCAAAAGAAAAAUCAAGACAUACAAGUGUAAUUUGUGGUCAUGUGGUAUUGGAGAACUGUUACGUAAUAGUUCCACAUAUUCAAUUUACUUUGUGAAAAAAGUAGAACAAAAGAAAUGAUAGCAAAUA